AUGGGACGCAGCCUCUCGGGAAUCAAGGCAUUUGGCACACGAGAAUUGUCAGGAAUCAAGGAAUUUGGCACACGAGAAUUGUCAGAAUCAAAGGAAUUUGCACACAGAGACUUGUCAGGAAUCAAGGAAUUUGGCACACGAGACUUGUCAGGAAUCAAGGAAUUUGGCACACGAGACUUGUCAGGAAUCAAGGAAUUUGGCAGACGAGAAUUGUCAGGAAUCAAGGAAUUUGGCAGACGAGAAUUGUCAGGAAUCAAGGAAUUUGGCAGACGAGAAUUGUCAGGAAUCAAGGAAUUUGGCACACGAGAACUAUCAGCGAAGAUCUUUUUAUUAUCUCUGUGCUUCCCAUGA